ACUAAUACUGAAUUUCUCUGUCUACCUCUCUGACAUGUAUAUACAUGUUCCAGACCCACUUCUUCUUCUAUUAAUUUGCGACUUAUUGUUCCUUAGCUUCUCUCAUCUCUCAUCUGUGUGGUGAGCAAAUUACGAUCUUCCAAGCAAUAGCAAACAGCCAUUUCUGACAGAUUUGAGAAUGUCUGGCAGAAGAUCUCGUUCCGGACAGUCCACAGAGAUCAGUGAUGACCAGAUCAACGAUCUCGUCUCCAAGUUACGACGCCUUAUUCCCGAACUCCAACCCACUCCCUCCCACAAGGUAUCGGCGGCGAAGGUGUUGAAGGAGACCUGCAACUACAUAAAGAACUUGCACAGAGAAGUUGAUGGCCUAAGUGACCGCUUAUCUGAGCUUUUGUCCUCCACUGACUCCGACAGUCCAGAAGCUGCCAUUCUUAGGAGCUUGCUUAUGUAAUUUUAAUCUCCUAUUAUAUAUAUAUAUAUAUAUAUAUAUAUGUCCCUCUUAAUAAAGGGCUUUAAUAUGUGGCCUCCAUGGCCGUCCUUGAAGUACGCUUGUAGACUUAGCUUGUAGAACUAAUUGUCCGUCUUAUCUUGCUAUGUGAAAGAAUAACACGGACUAUAUGUAUUUGUCU